GAAAAGUGUGGCACUGAGAUGUUACAUGUAUUUUAUUUUGACGUCGUAGCGUUCCCCAAUCUCUGAAUCUCUCAGACUAAGUCUCACUUUCCUCCUCAUUGCGCUGCCGCCACCCACCUUCACGGCCUCGCCUCUUCUCCUGCUUUCUUAUUCCCUUCGCCGUUGCCGUCACAGGUGUGGCCAUCCGGUUCUUCUUCUUUCCCUCUGGCCGUGUGCCGUUGCUUCUCCUCUGAAUCGAACCCUGAUCUACGUAUUGUGGCUAAUCUGUUUUCCUCUGGUAGGUUUAUCUUAGACACUUUGAGUUGCAUUGCUGAACACAUCCAUGCACAAAGAUACUGGAGGUAUUACAAGCAACCUGCUUGGAGGUUUAUGCAGCUGUCUUAGGAGAUGCAUAUUUGGCAUAUUAUCUAUGGGUCCUGUGCCAAAUCAUAUUGCUUUUAUCAUGGAUGGGAAUCGAAGGUUUGCAAAGAAGACUAACUUGGCUGAAGGGAUUGGCCAUAAGGCUGGAUUUUCAUCUCUCAUUUCCAUGCUUAGGUAUUGUUAUGAAUUAGGAGUGAAGUAUGUAACUGUCUAUGCAUUCAGCAUCGAUAACUUCAAAAGAAAGCCUAAAGAGGUGCAAUCCUUGAUGGAAUUGAUGCGAGAAAAGAUUGAGGAGUUGCUUCAAGAUGAAAGCAUUAUCAAUGAAUACGGUGUUAAACUACAUUUCAUUGGAAACUUGCAGUUAUUGGCUGAACCUGUGAGGAUUUCAAUGGAAAAGGCAAUGAAGGUCACUGCCCACAACAAACAGAGAGUAUUGUUAGUUUGUGUAGCCUAUACUUCAAGUGAUGAGAUUGUGCAUGCUGUUGAAGAAUCAUUCAAGGAAAUAUGGAAUGCAACAGUGUCCAAUGGCACAAUUGGACAACUUGACAGGUCCCCGAAAAGAAAUGGUAUCCGAGUGAAUGCUCAAGAUUCUUGUGAAGACUAUGCAAGACAAGAUGCCGAUGGAUCCACGGAUAGAUCCGGAAAAACUGAAACUUCAUCAUGCAAUGGGAUGGUUGAAAUAGCAGAAGAGGGCAAGCAUGAUCAGGGCGAGCUUCCGGCUAUUAAACUGACCGAUGUCGAGAAGAACAUGUACAUGGCAGUGGCACCUGACCCUGACAUCUUAAUCCGAACUUCUGGAGAGGUUCGUCUUAGCAAUUUUCUUCUUUGGCAGACUAGUACCUGUCCUUUGUAUUCACCAGCUGCACUUUGGCCAGAAAUAGGGCUAAGACACUUAGUCUGGGCAGUGUUGAACUUUCAGAGACACCAUUCUUACUUGGAAAAGAAAAAGAAACAGUUUUGAUUGUAAGUCUUGUAAGUCUUGUAAGUUGUAACACUAACAAUCAAACUUCAUAAUGUAAAAUUACAAAUUAUUUUUCUUAUUCA